UACUCUUGUGUGCCCAAAUUAUCGUAAAACUUGACUCUAUACUUUGUGACUACUCUUCAUUGAUCUGCUUAGCUCCUUUAAUUAUUUCAGCAUUCCAAAAACGUUUUUGUUAAGUUAGACAAAGGUUUGUGUCUUGAUCUCUCUAUCUUGCUCCUUUAUUUCUGCAUUCGUACGUAUUCUAGCAUUUUGCUGGGUUGGUGUUUCUCUCUUUGGUUUUGUUGUAUGGCUUCCUUGCUCUUUGGGCUUCUAUCCUUUGCUUUGUGUCCCUCUAUUGGGCUAUUGGCUCCGAAAGGAUUUUAAACCUUGUUGGUUUUGUGUAAUCAAGUUUUCAUAUACAACGCGGUCACAAAAUCAAGGUUGGCAUAAGUUUACAUAAUUGAAAUCACAACCACCAACUACUCUUUAACCUCUAUAUAAUCUCUCUUUGGAGUUCUCUCUUUGCUACAAAAAAAAUCAAAUCAAUAAAAUAAUUGAGUGAUCAUGGCCAAGCCUUGUGCUGCAUUUCUUCUUGUCUUCCUCUGCCUUUCCAUGCUCAUCCUGUCAACCCCUGAAGUGGAUGCUAAGCUAUGCAUGUCAAUCAAAACGUUGACAAAUAUUAGUUGCGAGAUGGACGACUGCGACUGCGACUACGACCACAAAUGCGGUGAGUGGGAUGAUGAGAGCUAUGGAAAUUGCAAACAACACCAUAUCCGAACCGUUUGCAAAUGUACUUUGAACUGUCCUGAGACUUCAUCUACGUCGAACGCAUAAUAAUAAUGCAUGCAUAUUUUCAAAUCAAUGAAAGAAAACCAUCUUAUUAAGGAGUCGUAAGUUUGAAUGUAUUGAGAUUAUUAUAACAUAUAAAUACUGUGUUUCUUGUUUUUAUGGCUAUAAAGUUAUGGUUAUGGCUAUAAAGUUAUGGUUAUGUGAUCGUUGCUAUGUAUACAGCUUUUAUUUUAUUUUUGUGGAUCUUGUGAAAUGUUAUUUAUUAUUAUGUGGGUUUUGAAUA